CGCUUGUGAUUGUCCUUCAGGUUGUUCGCGGCGCAAAUCAGGUGAUAUUUCUGUUAUGAUAACUGUAUGGGUCACUUACCUUGGACAUUUAUUAUUCGCUUCUUCGUUGUUACUUUUGGGGCUCAUAUCCAGUCGGAAAAGUACCCAAUUGUAAUAAUCCCAGGUGAUGGAGGGUGUCAGGCGUAUAGCAAGCUAAAAAACUCAACGUCACCUCCUUUUUUAGUAUGGAUAGACUUACGUUACUUUCUCGAACCGGGAAAACUAAAUGAAUACUUCGGCUUAGUUUAUGAUCCAGUCACCAGAAAGUCUAGAGAUCCUGAUAGCGCAGACGUAUAUUUCCCAGGUUGGGGUGAAACGUGGUCUAUUGAAAAUUUGGAUAGUUAUAGACAUAGCAGAACUGAAUAUUGUGGUCCGAUGAUUGAGUCAUUGCGUCGUGAUCCUUUCUUUGUAUCCAACUGGACUAUUCGCGGUGCACCCUUCGAUUUCCGUAAAGCUCCAAAUGAAAACGAGGACUUUAAUAACAAACUUAUGCACCUGAUUGAGGAGACUUAUCAAAAUGGUGGAAACCGGUCUGUUGUUUUGCUUGGCCAUAGUUUGGGGGCUAAAUACGGGAUGUACUUCUUAAAGUCAAUGAAGAAAAGCUGGAAGAAUACAUACAUCAAAACCUUUGUCUCACUCAGUGCACCUCUUGGUGGUUCAGUAAAGGCUCUUAAAAUUGAAGCAAGUGGAGAUAACUUUGGUGUGUUUUUACGCAGUCCACUUAGUUUCCGCCCUGUUCAGCGCACGCUACCUUCUCUUGCUUUUCUCCUCCCGGAUUCUCGUUUGUGGUCACCAAAGGAACCUCUUAUUAUAACGCCAACAACAAACUAUUCUGCUCAUGACUACGAACGUUUCUUCCAUGAUGUCAAUUAUUCAAUCGGUCUGCAUGCGUUCAAUCGAUCUCCAAAUCAAAACGGGGCUUGGAAUGUUAUUAUGUUUUGAAGAAAAAGGCAAAGUUAUGUCUCAACAAAAUGUUUGAAAUUUAUGAACGGAAUAGUUUUCACUGAAUAUAAAUCACAGUACGCUAUUUAAGACUAUGAAGUUACAUUUUGAAUACAUAAAUUAACUUCAUAUUGAACAAAUCGAAAUAGAACAAAAACACUGAAAGUCAAUAAAUAAAAUUUCUUUUCAAUCAACUUGAGGAUUCUAAAACCGGUUUCUUAAAUGUAUUAUUUGGGAAUUUCACAUCCUCAACAGAAACUUUUAUGGAACAAACUUUUAAAGAAUUAUUUUACUUAAAAUCAUCACACUAUUUUUGCACACUUAUACAUUUUUAUCCUUAGGUUUCCAAAUGAUGUUGGACAGUAAAUCUAUAAUUGAUACAUUCGAAAAACCAAGUGAUAUUGAUGAAAUCUAUUGUAUUCAUGGAUCAAAUUUAAGUACCACUGACAAAAUGAUUUAUUCACCGCCCAACUUCUUUCAUAGUGGAUUUCCAGAUCAAGUGCCGACAUUGAUUUCUGGAAACGGUGAUGGAACUGUUAGUCUACGUAGUUUAGAAGUCUGUAAACGUUGGCCUGGUAUAAAAUAUUUCAUGUUACCUGGGGCUGAACAUGUAAAUAUUAUGGGAGAUCCACGUUUUAUUGAUAUUAUUCAUCGAAUUGUUGGUGCUAAUACAACUAAAACAUUAAACUGUUGUUAAUUAUUUUCUUCACUUUAUUAUUUACUUCUUCACUGUAAUAAGAUUCUCAUUUCAUUCAAUUUCCAUAGAAUUAUUUGUUACAAUAUGGGAUGGUGGUCAAGAUAGACUGCAAAGUAUAAGACACAUGUUCCUGGAUGUAUCAAAUGUCAUAUGGAUAUAUACUCAAACUUGAACAAUAUUUUUGUUUUAAUGUGGACAAAAUCAGGAUAAUAGAAGUUAUGUUUUCUGUAUUGUUUUUAGGUCCUCAUAAUUUAUUUCUAUUAUUACUGUAUUUUAUUACAAA